AUGGUUUGCAUCUUUAGUACGAUUGCUGAACUGCUGCGCCGCCCCUUUUCUGCCGCAGUGUCCUUCCAAAAGCAAUUUGUGGAUGAUGUCGUAGAUUCUCUCAAGGCACAGAAAGAUCGGUACGCCCGUCAUAACCGUGAUAUUCAGGAGCGUGCAAUGCAGCUUCAUUUGGACUCUCUAGAGGUGAAUUAUCUUUGUUGUGUGUGUUUUACACCUGGAAAGGAGCGCGACAGCGAGGCUCAGGUUGAAAAUGCGUUCAUCAUGGUCAAGAUUCCCCCCAAAGAGUUGAUUGAGGACGCGAUCGCUAGGACGGCAGAGGGUCUCGAGACAAAAAGCCCCAAACUGUGUGGUUCGGAAGAUGCACUUGGUAGCUCCUUAAAGAAGACACCCUAUGAUCUUAAGUCGAAGGGCUCAGAGUUGGUGAACUGCGCCAACUCUAUACAGCAGACCGUUUCCUUGGGCGAACUUACCAAAAGAAACGGUGCAACGGCAAGACUUUCUGAUGGGGAUUCCAUCUCAAGUGAUAGUGGGAAAAGAAUGAAUUCGCGAGAAUGGAGUGCACCUCGUUUUCAUAAAGGCUAUGGAGGUGGGGCUGAGCCUAAUGUGAGUACGAAAACAGGUGUUGCUUUAGUUUUUCGGAAGAAGCCUUUGCCGGAGGUCUCCACUGCUCUGGAUCCCGCGCAGGUCCCUCCAAUCGAGGUGAAUAGUAUGAUUAAUAGGAUACACAAGCUUCUCAUCAAAAAGGGAUCCCACGGCGCCCCCCGCACUGUGGCACCCAUUCGAGAUAAAGGACUUAUAAUGAUUGAAGACUCUGAUAUUGAAUUAUUUUCAUACUUUUUUCGACGUCCUGUGCGAGGUUAUCUGUGUGAGCAAUGCUACACCUGUGUCCUCAAAAGCCUAGACGCCCUUUCAUACCAUAUCCAAACUAUCCUGUUCAAGGCCAAGCAUCCCUUGCUCCGCAAGACGCCAUCAAAAGAGAUCGAUCUGUUUUUAUCGACGAAGUCGACGUCCUUGGUGUCGGGAAAAAAUCUUUUAGGCUCCCUCCAUCAACCGUUAGAGGGUGAUUGUGCAUGGCGUGAGAAGGAGGGCCCGCACAUGGCUGCAUCGUGGUCCCAUCAAGGCAGCCGCCCUUCUAUCAAGGCCGGCGUACGGCUGUCGAGAGACGCUGCGGCGAUUCCAGACGGCCUAUCAAGACUAUCGUUAAAUUGCAAAGCGAAUGAACCAGGUCACACCGUCCUAGACGAUGACAUCAUCCUCUCCCUUCGCGCAACGGUGAAGUGUGGUGUCUGCCAGAAGCGGCCUUGCAGCUUUUUUGUGCAGAUCAAUGCGUUAUUUAUUUGUGAAUUUUGCUGUGUGUGGGAUCGUUUUUAUCGCAAUCAUGCGAUUUGCAUCAACGACGAGGCGAUGCCGUUGAAAUGUGCUUCCUUGCUCACAGAGCUCUCCACAUACUAUAAGCAAAUCUACAUUCAAAAGGAGCUUCGAGCUAUGCCUCAAACCGAGCUUCAGACCGCACCCAGGAGCCUUUUCUCGCCUGAAGAAAAUAUUUUUCACACGCAGAAUUUACCAAAUACUUAUGGCAUACUCCAAAACGGUGAGGAGACACCUACAGCAAGUAAUAUGGGUGCAACAACGGCUCCGCCGGUCAUCGAGGAGCGACCUUUUUAUACCAAGGAUGCCCUUUCUGAAGCACGUGAUCCGCGGGCUCUAGUAGGCAGCACUAGGCUUAGUUUGUUUGCGGAUAUAUGUUUGAAGCAGAAGGGGGAGCCAGAUUUGUUUGAAAGUGCUAUUACCGAACCUCAGACACCGCUUCUUGAAAUCGAUGGCUCCAGGCAGCUCCCUCGGAGCGAUGUUGAUCCUCCAGCACCAUAUAGUCCAAAUGGCAACGAUAUUUCCUUUUUAUUCCAGUAA